CACAAUACCUUUGGAACGGAUGUUCCACUAUGGGAAGCUGCUUUAUCUUCUUCUGCUAUUUAAUUAUCUUUGGUGUGUGAAAACUGGUUCUAUUUAGGAUCAGCUACAUUGCUCUCCUCGUUCUUACCAAAUUGUAGCUACAGUACUAGCAAAAUGGGUUUAGCAGAAGUGGUUCUGGUUGUGUGUGUUGCACUUGUUGGAAUCAUUUUGAAUUUUUCCGUUCAUAAAAUUGAGGAAGGUCAUACAGGUGUAUAUUAUAGGGGAGGAGCUUUAUUGCAAUCCACUAGUCAACCUGGAUUUCACAUUAUGGUGCCAUUUAUCACAUCAUAUAGGAGUGUGCAGACUACAUUACAAACAGAUGAAGUGAAAAAUGUACCAUGUGGAACAAGUGGUGGAGUAAUGAUAUACUUUGAUAGAAUAGAGGUCGUUAAUCUACUCUCUGCUGAUAAAGUGUAUGACGUUGUCAAGAACUAUACGGCUGAUUAUGACAAGGCAUUAAUAUUCAACAAAGUCCACCACGAAUUAAACCAGUUUUGUAGUGCACAUAAUCUGCAAGAAGUUUAUAUUGAAUUGUUUGAUCAAAUUGAUGAAAAUUUAAAGAAGGCUCUACAAUUAGAUUUAGUUGAAAUGGCACCUGGAAUUCUUAUUCAGGCUGUUCGUGUGACAAAGCCAAAAAUUCCUGAGGUUAUUCGCAAGAAUUAUGAAAUGAUGGAACAUGAAAAAACAAAACUUUUGAUUGCUCAACAACAUCAGAAGGUGGUUGAAAAGGAGGCUGAAACAGAGCGGAAGAAGGCAAUCAUUGAAGCAGAGAAAGCAGCGCAGGUUGCCAAGAUUCAACUAGAGCAGAAGAUUAUGGAAAAAGAGAGCCAUAAACAAAUAUCUGAAAUUGAAGAUACGUCAAAUUAUGCUCGAGUAAAAUCACAGUCUGAUUCAGACUUUUACAGAGCUAGUAGAGAAGCAGAAGCUAACAAGGUGAAACUAACGCCAGAGUAUCUUGAAAUGCUGAGAUACCAAGCAAUAGCAUCAACAAGUAAGAUCUACUUUGGUUCCGAUAUUCCUAGCAUGUUUGUCGAUGGUGGUGUAGCCAGUGCUUCUGCAGCAAAGACUGCAAGUAAAACAGAAGCUAAGAAGAAAUCUGGUGAAUGAAACCAAAUAUCACUGCAACAGCAACAAACACCUUUUUAAAUUUCAUAAUUUUUUGUACUAAUGUAUGUAUAUGACUGUUCAGACACACAGUGAUAUGCUAGACUAGCUUACAACAGCAAAGCUAAUCCACAGAAAAACAAGCUAGGGCAAGAACCUUCAGCACUCUCAUCUAAUACAUGCAGAUGAGAAGAAUUAAUGAUGGGCAUUCCCUGUUCAUCGACCAACACAACCUAGACCCAAUUUGUUGCAUGAAUUUGCACAUUUGUAUUGUAAGUUACCUCACGAUUUAAUGUGGUGGACAGACUAAAGCUAUAGCUUUAACUGGUUUUCCAAGUAGCGAAGACUUGAAGAAAGGGGUGCUGGAAGUUACUGAAUGAGAUAUAUCCACACAUUGCGCGCCAUGAGCGUCAGGUUUUGCGGACACCGUCCUUAUACAUAUAUCCAUGGUUAUUACUAUCAUUAAUGUUUUUACUAUUACAGUACUAUUUUUUUUAAAUUCAUUGAAAUAAAUAUUAGACCCUGAAUCCUUGUUUGUUUGGCUUUGAACAAGUUGGCUUAUAUUAAAGAAAGGGAUGAUGAUGAGAUUGGGUUUCAUCAAAACUUGUAUAACUGUUUCAAAACCAUUUCUUGCCUAGUUUUUGCAUUACCAAGCCAAGUGAGGCGUGGCUGGUGUUUACUAGCUGGCACAGCUAAUCUGGUACUUACCACUGACAUAAAUAACAGAAGCUGGAUGGCUUAGCAGGGGGCUUAAGCUUAUCCACUGACAAAGUCCAGACAAUAAUAUUUCUUUGUGGUUUAAUUUUUCUCAGCUGUACACCGUGUGUCUGAAUAUACUAUAUUGAUUUUUUAAAUGUUAAUGUUUCUUGAAAAAAAGGUUUUCGUUAAGCAAUUUAUGGAAAAUACAUUUAUUUACUUUUUUUGUUAUUAAUUGUCAAAGUAUAGACACAAGAAAAAACAAAGAUAAAUUGAAAUAUGUAUGUAGGAUAUUUUUUAUCAUCUUAGUUAAAAAUAAAAUGGUGCAAGCCCAAAGAGCUUGAAGAAAAUAUACUAUGCAGGUUUAAAUUAUGGUAGCUUUUAGAGUUGUAGAAUUACCACCUUACAAAAGUAGCUUUUUUAUGAGUUGAUUAUAAUUUUUUUUUAUUAUUCAU